UCACUGAUUUGAUGUCCGCAGCCUAACGACGAUGAUGAUCGGAGAGCCAACUCGAUCCAAUCCGACGGUGCAGGUUCCUCCGUGGGACCCUUACGAUGAUCCAACGGCUGGGAUGGGUUCUCCGUUCCCAGUUAGUGGAGUUAAUUUCAACGGCAAUGCCGCUAGUCCCACCGGCGGUGAUUAUAAUCCGUUUAUAAUCAGCGAGGCCUUCUCUUCACUGCAGCGUUACCUGCCAUCAAACGAGUUCGGGACCGAGUCCGGCGAUGAGUCGGAGACGGUGGUGGACGCGUUCUCAUGCGAUCAGUUUCGUAUGUUUGAGUUUAAAGUGCGGAGGUGCGCACGUGGGAGGUCACAUGACUGGACAGAGUGUCCGUACGCGCAUCCUGGGGAAAAGGCUCGCCGGAGGGACCCCCGGAAGUUUCACUACUCUGGCACGGCGUGCCCGGAGUUUCGGAAAGGAAACUGCAAGAAGGGCGAUUCAUGCGAGUUUGCUCAUGGCGUGUUCGAGUGCUGGCUCCACCCUGCUCGUUACCGGACUCAGCCUUGCAAGGAUGGGUCCGGUUGCCGCCGGCGAGUAUGUUUCUUCGCUCACACGCCGGAGCAGCUCCGGGUUCUUCCUCAGCAGAGUCCUAGGAAUCAUGGGUCGGCCGAGUCAUACGACGGCUCACCUCUCCGACUCGCUUUUGACCCGUAUCUGUCCAAGGGUUCAUUUAUUUCAUCUCCGACUUCGACUCUGAUAUCGCCGCCGGUGUCGCCACCCUCUGACUCGCCACCCAUGUCGCCGAAUAGCCCAUCCUUUACUGGCUCAUUCAACUCGAUGAGCGAACUCGUGGCGUCCAUGAGAAAUCUACAAGUUGGGAAGGCGAAAAUGAGCCCUCAAUCAUGGGGAGUCCAAAUGGGAUCCGGUUUCAUAUCUCCUCGCGGCUCAACCCUGCGCCCAGGGUUCUGUAGCCUGCCUUCCACCCCCACUCGAACUCCGGCUCGCUCCGGACUCGGUGGCCUCGACGUCUGGGACAAGACUUGCGAGGAAGAGCCAGCAAUGGAGAGGGUUGAGUCUGGAAGAGACCUGCGUGCAAGAAUAUAUGCUAAAAUCAGCAAAGAAAACUCACUGGAUCGAGACUCGUCCCCCUCUGCCCCUGACUUUGGCUGGGUCUCAGAGCUGGUGAAGUGAAAAGAAAGAAACCUAAUCCGACUUGGUACUAAGUGGGGAGUUCCGAUUAUAUCAUUAUUUUUUGGGUUUGAAUCGAUGACCUUUGAUUCUUCUGACGGUGUGGAUAUUCAGAUUUCUCUGUAAAUACUCUAGUUGGGAAGGAAGAGAUCAAAGUCUCUAUUUUGUGGUGCUUUUCUAUCUUUUUUUUUUUCUGCAAUGAAAAAUGCAGACUUUUGUAUAGACAAGAUGAAUUUCUUAGGACCGGCGAAGAUGCGUGGCGGUUGGUUUGGCCAUUUGUCUAUGAUUUGUAUUUCCCUUUCGAUUUUGUUAAGAAAUUUUUCUGUAAGCUCCCAUGUUUACUUCUAAUCAAUGUAAUAUAUUCUUCUUCUUCUUCUUCUUCAA